UAUUUUGACAAAGAUGAGGCAAGAAAGCGUGUUCAUCGGGGGGAGAACAUUGUAUGGAAUGCAACCAUGCUUAGUAGGCCUCACCCAACUUAUUAUAUUGAUGAUGAAAAAUCAUCAGAGUUGGAUCAAGCUUAUUUUAUGAGCAUUCGUUUUAAUUAUCUUCCAUUGAGGAGGGGAAGUUCCUAGGUCAUUGAGCCAUAUAGUCCGCACCGAUUUAGUCGCCAAUUUGGUUUCCAUCAAGAUAAUCCUUGCUAUUUAGAAAAUGAUAUUCGUGUUGAGUCACUUGAUGAAGGCCUUAGAUACUGGCACAUUUGUGUAUCAUGUGUGACUAUGUCUAAAGCGACAUUUCCUCCUGCGGUAACUUCCGCAAAGAAGCUUUGUACCACCCAAUAUUCAUCUUGGUGGGAGAGGUCCUAUGGAACAUUUCUUGAGGAUAAUUUGGAUGUUAUGGUGGAAAAAGCUGGGUUAGCAUUUGUUACCCUUCUAGAAGACAAAAGUCAAGAUAUGGAGAAAACACUUUCAAAAGUCAAGACACCACUUGCUCCCAAACAUCAAAGUAAGAAGCUCAACUUUUCUAAGGCAUCUAAGAAAGAACUGGUUCAUACUCCUACCGAUAAAGAGAAAUCCCCCCAAUUUCUCUUCUCUAGUAAAUGGCCCCUUCAAGAAACAAGCAAAACUAGCAAGGAUCGAUGUUGGAAGAGGCAAAGAAUUGAACUAUCUGGGGCUGAAAUUGUAGAAGUCCGAAGUGUCGAUAAUCCUUCUAGAUCAUUGACAAUUCAGAGUAACAAGGUUGAUGCUGAUGGACAUUUACAAGGAUCACCGCGUGAGAGGCCACAAGUUAGCGAAGAGUCUACCGCGAUAUUGAGACCUAAGGCAAAACCAAUUUCAAAUAUCGAGAAAGAUCAAGAGUCAUCGUCUACUUCUCGUGGCCAAACUUUAAAAGGGUUGGAUCUUAACUCAAAUGAGCUUUCCCGAGUUCUUCCCAAGAUAAAUGGUGCUAUGUCUGUCUUCGAAGGAAGAGGUGUGGUGUUUAAUCACAAAAGGAAGUACAUCUUGGGUCUUUGGGAAGAGAUCUGUAGAAAACUUUCCUGAACUUCUCUAAACAAUAUUUCAUCUUACAAAGAUGAUAUUUAUGAGAUUUUCAAGGAGAUGAGUGAGAUGAAUCUAUUAGAUCUUUCACCAUUAAAAAGCUUGGUAGAUUCUCUUUUUG